AUGGCUCGAAUAAAAAGUUUAAUUUCACCCAAAUUUUCACAAUUUGCUAAUGAUUAUGAUGUUUAUGUUGAUUAUGGAAAAGGACGACCAAUUAAAAUGAAUAAUAAUGAGGCAACAUUUAUAGAUGUAGAACAAUUUCUUAUUGAUCAAAAUCGUUUAUCAAAAUUGAUUAAUAAUAAAAAACCGAACGAAGUUCUGGCAACAAAUGUAACUAAUAGAAACAAAACAAGUAUCAGGAAUAGUAACAUAUACGAUUCAACAAAAAAUAAUGGAAAACUUUCAACACAUAAAAUUGGUCAUUAUUCAAAUUUUCGUAAAUAUAGCGAAGAAAAGACAAAUCAUAAUUAUUCAUCAGUACCUACACUUAAUCAUCUAAAUCAAAACUCAUCAUCAGCUCGAAUCGAACCAACAAUAAUCUAUGAUGAAACUUGGUUAUCGAACAAACAAUAUAAUAAACGUGUAGCUGCAUUUAUUGAUCAUAUAAAUACAAAAUUUACUAAUAAAAAUACAGAAAUAUCUAAUGAACGUAAAUUGUCUACUUACAAAGUAUCUACAGGACAAAUUAUUCAUAAAGGAAUCUAUCCGGCAAAAAUUGAAAAACACUUAUGUUUACGUAUUGCUGUUAAUGGUGCAUCAAAAUCUUUACGAGGACAAUUACCAUUAUCAAAUUUAAAUUUAAAUAAUGGAGAUUUUGGUGAUGAUGCUGGAAUGAUUGUUGAAAAUCGAAAUUUUUGUUUUGUUGGUCUAGCUGAUGGUGCUGGUGGUAAUCGUUCAUAUGGAAUAAAUCCAGCGGAUUUUUCUCGAGCUAUUUUAGCUGCUUGUGAAAAAAUUCUUCAUCGAAAUAAUUUCAAACCUAAUCAAUUACCACGAUUAAUUAAAUCAGCCAUGCAACAAGUUGAAGCAAGUGAAGUUCAAGGCAGUAGUACAUUAUGUUUACUUGCAUUGGAUAAACAAGAACAUACAUUAACAUCAUUAAAUAUUGGUGAUAGUGGAUUUGUUAUUUAUCGUAAUAAUGAAAUAUAUUGUCGAUCAACAUGUACAAUGAGUUCAAAUGGUUGUGGGCCGAGACAAUUAUUUGUUCUUAAUGAUUCAAUUGGUUUAUCUUAUUCUAUGCAUGAAACUAAAUUUCUACAAGAUUGUUCAUUAGAUAAUAUUAAAGUUCGAAAAGGUGAUAUUAUUAUAUUAUCUUCUGAUGGUUUAUGGGAUGUAAUUGAAUCUGAUCAAUUACAAAAAGUUGUUGAACGUAACAAAAAUAAACAUCUUCAAAAUUUAGCUGAUGAUCUUCUUAAACAAGCAGUUGAUGGAUAUAUUAUUGAUGGUCGAGAUGAUAUUUUAAUCAUAGUCUGUCGAGUUGAUGAAUUAUGA